AUGAGCAGCAGCAUGGACGUCGACCCGUCCUCUUCCGGAUCCAACCCGCUUCUCUUCCUCGAGAAGCAGGAGGCCGCCGCCUCGCCGCAACUCAAGCCGUACUGGACCAAGAUCCGGACAGCGUAUGAGAAGAAGCUCUGGCACAAUCUGACUGUUGCUCUGAUCGAGUUUGUUUCCCAGCCGGGAUCAGGACCAUUCCAAAUUGAGCUGUUCGAGAACAGGUUCAUCACGACGAUCGAGAACAAGAUCAAUGCGCUGAAGCUUGUCGAGAUUGCGCGCCGAGUGGGACGGGAGUACUCUGAGCCGGACGCGACGUUGAAGUUCCUCGAGUCGGUGCACUCUCGCCUGCAGUCGCCGUAUCCCGUCGAGGCGACCGCCGAGUCACCAGCUGUUCCCGCGCCGCCGCGCCCGGCGCCCGAGGCGUACGCUCUGUCGCUGAGCUCGAUCGCGUAUGCGCAGUUACUCCUCGGCGACCUGGGGGGGUGCAAGAAGAGCCUGACGGAGUGCGAGAAGCUGCUGAGCGAGCAGGACACGGUUGAGCCGGUCGUGAACGCGGGAUACUACGGCGUCGCCGGUGACUACCACAAGGUCAAGGCCGACUAUGGACCGUACUACAAGAAUGCGCUCCUGUACCUGGCGUGCGUGGACGCGGACCGCGAGCUGAGCGCCGAGGACAAGCGGCAGCGCGCGCACGACCUGUGCAUUGCGGCUCUGCUCGGCGAGAACAUCUACAACUUUGGCGAGCUGCUGCAGCACCCAAUCCUGCAGACGCUGACGGGCACGGAGUGGGCGUGGAUCAAGGACCUGAUCGGGGCGUUCAACGCGGGCGCGAUCGGGCGUUUCGACAGCCUCGCGAACCAGUUUGCGUCCGAGCCGAUUCUGGCCGAGAGCAUGGCCUUCCUCCGCCAGAAGAUCUGCCUGAUGGCACUGAUCGAGGCGGCCUUCUCGCGUCCGCGCGACGGCGCGACCCGUCUCAUGACCUUUGAGCAGAUUGCCGAGGCCACCCGCCUCCCCGUCAACGAGGUCGAGCACCUGAUCAUGAAGGCGCUGAGCCUCGGCCUCAUCCGCGGAAGCCUCGACCAGGUCGCGUCCACCGUCGACAUUACGUGGAUCCAGCCCCGUGUCCUUGAGGGCGCCCAGCUCGACACGCUCGCGGAGCAGUUUGGCCACUGGACAGACGGCGUCGGACAGACCGCUAACGGCGUUCAGGGGCUCGAGAGCGGCGCCCUCCAGAACCUCAUCCAGGCGACCGCGUAG